UUUAUCUCAGGGCGUUGUAUACGAACUGCUUUUUUCUGACCAUUUCGUCCAGAGUUUUUGGGUCUGGGCUGGCAUACCUAUUGAUGCGGAGAGAUUUCCCAUGAGAAGGUGCCGUGCACCUGUCAGAAGGGAUGGUCAGUGAGUCGAUAGGUGUGCCAUAUUACUUGUCUCCUGCUCUUUUUAUUCCCCAUUUUCUGCUACAAAAAAAUGGUCUUCUCGAAACCACUGUCAUAUCCAAAUGUGGAAAUUCUUAUCCGAUUUUUGGAUCCCAGUUUGAGAUUCCGACUCUCCCGCCAGUGUCCAUCAAUUAGAUCAUGCGAGAAGAAACAUCCUUUCAUUCUAAAAUUUUUGGCGUUAAAUAAACAUAGCAUCACACUGAAUGCAACUAGCUAUCAGCUGGCAAUCUUCCAGGAUUCUGACAUCCCACUUGAAUUACCAUUUGAUGUGGAUGUCCGGGGAAGCAGGGAUAUGAAUUUGGUGGUCGAAAAACGAAGAGAGGAAAUUUUGAUCGAUGGUAGAUUUCAUAGAUUUCAUAGAUUUAAUGGGCAGAAUCCUGUGAGUCCAGGCGCCGCCCAAUGUAAUCAAUUUAUUCAGCUAACAGUUGGAAGUUAUAUCGAGAGGAUGAUGUAUUCUAGAAAGCUCCAUGAUGCUUUAUUUUACAUGAUCAAGAAGCUUCUAGUGGGAAAGCUUUCUAUUAAAGCCCACAAAUUUUGCCUAAGAAGCUCAGGCAUACUCCGAAUCCCUCAAAGCCUGAAAAUUCAAACAAAACAUGUUCAACUAGAAGGUCCGCACAUUGAGCAACUAUUGAAAGUUUUACCUUUUUUACUCGAUACCGGAGGCACACCCCUAUCGUCUUUCACAUUUUCGGAGACAUUGGUGACAACUGAAAAACUUGAUUUUGACAUUGUUCGGACCGCUGGGAUUUUGAUUUUCCAGUGGUCAACAUUGAUUAAUUUAUUUGAUUUGCGGCACAGGAGGGUUUAUUUCAAGCGGGUUGGACUGGAGUUCAUCUUACAAGUUAUCCGGAAUUUUUUGGAGCAUGGAAGGGAUUUUGACACUCAUUAUUCAUUUGAAGGGAUAAAUGAGCAAGCGAUUUUUAAGGCACUUGAGUUGCAGACCCGUGUUUAUAAAGAAAUAAGGCAUAACUGUGUCACUUUUUACAAGGAAAACUUCAUGGAUAUUGUGGUCAGUUACAAUGUGAACACGUGCAUUUUGGAUGUGAAAGUUCAGAGACAAGAGUUUUUUGUUUAAGCUCUAAUUUAAUUAAAUCAAUAAAAAUAAUUUGUUAA